UGCAGGGUGGUAAGUCACUGUCCAUACGAGACCAUAUGACAAGUAUUUGCAACAUUUACCACAGCAGGUACAUUUACGGCUGGUCGCAGUGCGCAAGUCCGUAUGAAGUACCAUAAGGCAUUCGUCGGUACAUUGCUCGACUUUCGCAAUUGCAUUUUUUACGUGUUUACUCAGUCACUGGAAGAUUGCAUGUAGUGGUAGCAGCCGGGCUAGUUUAUUUUAUUGAUUCUAUCAUUUAUUGAUUUUAUCGUUUUAUUUAUUGAUUAGUAAAGAAUAUAUUUUUCGGCGUGCGCCGUGUAGAGCAGUCAGCAACAGCAUUUUCUUUUUUUUUUUUGCAAACUCCAUUUAUUGUUCUCUGGAAAAUGCACGUCGAUUCAGUGACUCGAAGUGUUCCUCGACGAGUAACACCAACUGAUAGCGCAUUGUAAUGAUACCGGCGCCAGUGAAUGAGGCAAACUUGCUUUCGUGACUAUGGAUGCGCAACGACAUGCCAGUGAGUCCGAAUAACCCAGCUAUACUGUAUCCCACACAAUAAUAUUUCGGCGUCUAGUGCUCAAUUUCUAGUAAUUACUCUAUGAAAUCGCUGAAACACCUACUAUUGAAGAGGUUAGUGCCACCAUUAUGGCGAAUAUGUUGUACACACUGUCCAUCAUCAACUUAGUUGUCACUAAUACUGUCUGAUUCAGCGCGUAACAUGAAGAACCCAGCCGAUAUGUGGUACCGUCAUCUCGGUCCAUCAUGCAGGAGUUGACAAACUGCAGCAGUCAACGGCGCGACGGCGUUACCUUUUUUUUUUUUUUUUUUUCCUUCAGUCUCUGACGGGGGCAACGAGGCAUUGCGACCACAGUAAUUUAUAGCCAAGCGCUCCCCUCACGUCUUUAGGAACGGAACCCCUACCGUAGCGUUAUUUUCGCCACGCGUGUUGAGUAUCGUGUCGAACACCGCCCCAAAACUGAACCGCCACGGACAUCACUCAACGCCCCCACGACGCAAGCUCUGCAAACGCCCGCACACCGCCGGCUAGCAGACGACAGACAGCGCUGGCUGGGCACCGCAGAAACCCCCUUUUAUACUCGGCAGGGUGUGGAGCGCGAGAGGCGGCGGAAGUGGGCGCGCGCGAUUGGCCGCGGCGUCGCGCGACGUCACCGAUGGCGUCGGGGGCGCCAAGCACUCCACGUGUUCCUGCGCGCCGCUUCGCCUCCAUGUUUCAGUCACACGGCGACGCGCUUGCAGAGAGUCGAUCGCCUUCGUUGGGUCACGGCGCGCUCGACGUUUUCAUCCGGAGGAGCGCCUUGUGCGUGCGUGUGUGCUCCCAUUCGGCUUCGGAGGCGGUAGCGUUAACGGCGCGGGGCCGCCAGUUCACCGAUCCCUCGGAGGAAGAAAGCUGUGAGACAGGGAACCGGCUCUCCACGGCAGCAGCAUCGUAGGAGCGCCCCGCCCUCGUCAAUUUUCGAAGCGGUUGCCUGACGUUCUGUGGCCCCUGGCUGUGAUACCGUCAGUGCCGUUUCUUUUUCGUGCGCCCGACAGGAUAGACCGAGUGUGCGCCGGCGAACGGGAUUUCUGGUGGCGUACUCUGCGUGACAGCUGUACUCGUAGCUUCAUCUUCGGAUUCUGGUGUGAAACUUCCAUACCCGCUCCUGACUUCGCUUCUGAAUCGAGUGGGUUUGCCCAAAGCGCCGUCACCACGGAUCCCGUCCAAGUUCAUCACCCCGAGCCGUUCCCCCUACCACAGGUGAACAUGCAGAGCGAAGGCCGCCUAGUGGCGACACCCAGCGGCGAGCAGGGCGUCCUCACCCUGGGCGCCGAGAAAGGCCUCGCCAAGAGCGGCCUCACCGUCAGCAUUGUCGUGGAGCCGGUCGAUCCAUCGGCCGCGUCCUGCGUCGACGAUGACCCCUACACCUGCAAAACACCCACACCUGCCGAGGAAGACAUGGUGCGAAGCCUAAUUAUGAAUGCCGAGCUGCGUAAGGAGGAGUUCGCCAAGUUGCUCGAAGAGCACGCCCAGAUCGUCAUGGAGAUCAACAAGGCCGAGAACAGCCUCGCAUAGCCGGUGAUGGCCAGAGUUUCUCCACUAUUUACCGCCACCAUUGCCACUUCCGCCGCCCGCGCCACUCCACGGCCUGCGGCCGUCGCAGAGCCACCACCUAGGCCACUGUAGCACCACCGGACGUCCGGCCCUUGUCUCCCGCAAGAAGCCGCGGCAGAAGGCAGCCUGCUAGAAGGACGUCUCGUCACAGACCGUUUGUUUCCCCGUAGCGGCUGUGGUGUUUUUAAAAGAGAAACCCUGGGUUCUGUAGCGGGGGACAUUUGUUAACUAGCACACCUGCGGUGUUGAGUAGAGGUAUAGGCGCAUUGCCAAGCGCGUCGGCACGUCUUGUUCCGUUCUAAAACUAACUUUGCAUAGUGAGAGUCGGCUGUUAGUAAUCGCACUUUUCUAUAGUUAACAGGCUGACACGGCGGCUUCCCUUCGAUUUUCUUUUUUAUUUGUUUUUUCAAUUCGAAAUUUCCUAGGUGGCCGUAACUUGUCUAUACUAGAUACUUCCGACUACUCUUCCUUUCGCUAGGUGCUAGUACUAAUUGGCCCAGAACAGUGUCGUGUGCACAAUCGUUACUCCUAACUUUAGUUACGGGUGCAACACUUGUAGGCAGCAUUUUAUCUGCGCCGUCAACCCAACAUGACCCACACCGAACCCACUGGACACGGAGAGAAAGGUGGUAGCCUUCCGUUAAGUGAAAGCGACAGUCUGCUGCCGCCGUGUGCGAAACGUACCAUGAUAGCCCACUGUUUAAAAGCAAUGGCUGCGGCGAACGCAAACGAGCGCUAUACUGACGUCUGUGCGAUGUUCUGCAGCGCACUAGCUAUAGCCAAUCCGUCUGCACUCGCGUAGUAAGAAGCCAGAUGUGCGCACUGUCUUAAAUGGGUGAUGACCUCUUCGCGUACUUUGCGCGGAGAUGUGCAGCUUUGAUCAGAAGAAACACAUUUGAACCCGAGUAGAGCACAUUCAUUUCUGAUAAGAAGUUACCGGGUGUGAAAAAUGAAGGGUACAAUAUAGCCUGUUUCCUCUGAGAGUGGUUGGCGCUCGCGAUUAGACUCAAAGUAUCAGGAACUUGCAUUUCUUGCGCAAGUAACAGACGUCACCUUCCAUCGAUGUCGGACAGUUCGCGUCGUCUGGCACUGAUGUCGUGACGUCCUUUGCUUUCGUCUGCGUCGUUACGUUGUCGUAUGUAGUCGCGAGUCUUUGCGACGCGUUAGUUUUUCUGGCGCUGUCCGGCACUCGUAAUUGCUCGUCGCGAGAAUUGCAAAACUUAGUCGGCAGUUUAGAAGGCUGUCGCGUAUUUCUCGCCAGAGGAAGCCUGAAUUAGGUGUAUGCAGAUAAGUUCACCCGCUCCUCUUUCGUCGCCGUAUCUACGAACAUAUUUAGGUUGAUCACAAAUGGAACGUGUGGACCGGUUACAUUGUGUUUGCACAUAUAUAACUAGGGCUUCGCGGGCACAAAUAUCUAUUCGUGCCCUCGAUACUCUUGUCAGAAGGAAGCAACCAUGCACGCACCCCUUUUUUGUCGCAAUCUUAUCAUCGUUGAUAAGCAGCAGCACCAUGAGUGUAUUCCACACGACUGCUAUCGUCGAAUCUGCGAUAAAUGACCUCCGAUCCGAAGGCUCAAGCCAGUCUACACCGCCGGCGCAUUAUUGUGCUGACCUAUCGACUGCGAACCUUUCCUUGACGUCAAGCUAGUUUCAACCGAGUCUAGGAAAGGUCAACGUCCUUUGAGGACGUUCAGUGGUUCAUUUGCAUAGCCUGCGAAUGCUGUUCUCUUGUUCACACGGCCACAAUCACAUUCAGAUUCUGCAGGCGUCGCUGGCUAAUCGUCUUUUUUUUUUUUUCGUUUGCAGUUUUUUUGGAGUAUACUUUGUCCUCUGAAGCCAAGUGUUUGCUUGGUUUCGCUUCGCGUUUUGGCCGCCAGGGCGCUUCAUAUCAUUUUUCCUCCAGGGAACACGGAGGCUGAUAACCGCAAUUUCUGAAGUCGUCGCAGGGGUACAAAACGGGCACACCAUUUAAGCCCUGUCCUUGCUGUGAACUUCUUGAAACGAGACGUGUCGGUCCUGCACCACGUAAUGCUCAGGCGUUGUAUUUAAAGCGGCACAAAUGUGAUGUUCUCAUGAGCUGUCCGGAUGACGAAGGUUGCAGAUCUAUAUAUAUAUUUUUUUUUCGUCUCUUCCUCCUUCGUGCCGGACCCCUGUUCAGCUGUUUCGUGCGAUUACUUUGGUUGUAACGUGUGCGUUUGUUUCGUUCAGAAAUAUUGUAAUUUUCUUCUACUUUGCUGCUUUUGAAAACUAUGGUUGUGUGCUCUGCGAGAUUUCCUUGGUGUUCGGUAGCGCUCUUGUAGCUGUGUACAUAGCUUUACAAAAGUUGUAAGCCGUCUGUUGUACAUUUCCUUCAUUUUAAUCCUUUUUUUUUCCGACGUAGCGGACACGGCGUCCGGUCGUGUUCACCGUACUCGUAUAGAUGUUCUAUAGAGGCGUCGUUUCUAUUUUCUGAACAUAUUUUUUAUUCAUUUUGGCCUCUGUGGUAACCGGCGUCUGUGCAACAUGUGAACAUUUGUGAUGUCAAACGGUUAUAAAAGCGAUGCUUGUGUAAAGUGAUGUUCGUGCUGUAUUCUUUAUGUGCACAACCAGUAGAAUCAUGACAGAAGGCCGUGGCUUUCUACGGAGGUGACCAUUUUUCUUUUCUUGCUGCUUUGCGGCGUGUCCUUUGCAGUCAUAUAGAUAUAUAUUUGGGAUGCGGGACUGUUGUCACUGCUUCAUUAGAGAUAUGCAGCAUAGCGGAUACGUUUAUUGAAGCUCAGGGGGGCGAGGGGGGGGGGGGGGGGGGAGGGUUGGAGGCAUACCGGAACGGAAGCACCUUGGGACAUUAUGAUAGACUAUGACACGCUAGAAAAUAUUUCGUAUUGUACAACUACUCUCUCCUGGAAACAAACAGAAAAGCAUUUGGGGUGAUUAUUUGCAAUCAGACGAGUCUGACAUAACGGUCAUUAACAAUCUGCUCUUUCGUCCAACACCGCGUAGCCAGCAGGCGCCACUGGCAAUGCUACUGGCAUCGUCUGCAUUCCGGUAUUUGCCUGCGCCCGCAAUAAUGUCUCCGCUGUGCUGAAACUCUACAAAUAUGUCCGCGCUUGCAGUACGUGGUGUUCGAACACUCGCAUUUGGCCGCCGAAAUGGUGUACCGCUUUGAUGCGUGGGGCUGACGGGGGUGUCUCGACGAACCGUUUUGCCGAGGUCGUGUGAUUUUGCGAGACGCGGUGGCGUCCGUCGCGAAGAAGCCGCUCGGUGGGUGAACAGUUCCAGUUACGUUUCGCGCAAGCAGCAGGCGCCGUUUCUUAGUUUGUAUUGUUUAACUCGGCGCGCGUGUGAGAAUUUAACUUCCUGAAAUCUAUUCUAUCAGUUUCUGUAAGUCUUUUCUUUUUCUGUUCCUUGUUUUGUCACGCGUGACUAUGCUGUUGUCUGCUAGGAAACUUCGUCGUGUAUGAUGUGAACUUUCAAAUUCCCCGUAAAGUACCCUUCAAUGCGCCUGACUUACGAGAAUCGUGGCGAGAAAAUAAAAGAGCUUCAAGCAGGGAUGCUCAUUCCGGACACCGAGCGCGCCUUGUCCCUCGCCGCAGUUCUCCGAAUUUCGAGCUGGAUUUCCGCUUCGUCGCUUGCUUGUCCCGACGCAAAAAGUCAAUUCUCUUGAAACUUGUCAUCAAAUUCGUGCUCGAGAACAAUUAACUUGCCUCGCGCGCGUUUUCUGGCCACUGACAUUUAAUAGCUAAGGUUCAGACGCAUCACUUGAGCUGACUUAGAGGAAAGGACGUUCGUUAAAUUUAGGUCGGCUCCUGCGUCAUGGUAUACCAUUAGAUUUUCACUGAAGAACAACGAACGCAGUGCACGUCGCCCGGUAAAAAAAAAAAGAACGAGAAAAGUUGGAACUUUACGGGGUGUUUUACUUUUCACAUUGUCGUUGCCAGAGUGCGAAGGGUCGUUCAACUUUCACGCUGUGUAAUUUAUGCUCUGUCCUCUUUGUUAUUUAAGUGAGAAACAAAACCAAAGCGAGCUGUGUGUGUGUUUCACGCACAGUUCAAUAGCAGCGAAUGUGAUGAUGUAUCCGUAAGAGAAGCCUGUUUUGUAUAGACUUUGUAUGCGUUUGUUCAUAGGUGUGUAUCUUGUGAUUUCCUGUUUAUACAUAAAGUGUCUUCACACCCACA